UAUAUGUUUGUUUGGAAACUGGAAUUUUAUGAAUAGUUAUACAAAAGAUAUCAAAAAUAGUAAUUUAAUAUACAAAGGAAAUACUAGUAUGAAUUAUGCAUCAGAUGUUUCAGUUAAACUUGUUAGUUUUUUUAAUAAACUUAAAAAAACUCGAGAGAAAAAAGAUCUAGAAUUUUUUUAUAUCAAUGUUAAUCAACAAACCAAGAAUAAACUUCUAAAAAAAACUAUAAUUGCGAUUUAUAAAUCAGAUCCAAAACUUGAAGAGAGUGAUAUUACAUAUAUUGAUCAUGUGAAAGAUGAUAAUCCAAAUACUAAUUCUUUACAUUUAUUAUAUGAUCUUAUUAAACGAAGUAUUGUUAGUAAGGAACAAUACAAAGAUAAAAAUAUUAUUAUAAUUAGUAAUAAUUUAGCAUUAUCAAAUAUGGAAAGAAAUGAAAAAUUAACUGAAUUUACACAUAUUGAAGAUGCAGAUCUUUUAAAAGAAAUUUAUAAUCUUAUGAAAAAUAAUAAUAAUACUAUUGAUGGUCUUACUUCACAUAGAGAAGUUUCACAUAUUAUCGAUAAAAGUUAG